CUCUGAAAAAAAAAAAAAAAUCCAGAGUGCUCUAGGUGUCGUUUAAGCGUAGAAACCUGUACACGUAGCCGGGGGGGUUAUUCGUCAGGGAGUGGUACCUCAAAGGGGGGUCACACAAAGGGGUAAUCUAGGGAUCACUCCACUCGUCAUCACACCUGACUCGCCUUGCCCGUGGGAUUUAAGUAAAUUAAUUUCACUUAAUCAUUUGCAAAGGUAACUAUUUCAAAGGUUUUUUUUUUUCACAUCUGGUUUGGAUUUUACAUCCAUGAGGAAUAUCCUGGUGAGCUGUGGAUUUAUUGUGUGGGAUACUACCUGUUGGAUAUAUUUUAAUCAACACGGAGUGUAACCCUGAUUUGUACGCGGAUUUGCCUGAAGCUGGAGAUAAAUCCCCAAAUAUAAAGGAUUUAUUUUUUAUUUUAAGUUUUUUUUGCCUGAAGGAUUUAUUGAGGGUUAUCAAUGUCCCACCAUCGGCCUAUUAUUUUGACCCAAGACUUGAUUGUUGGACUACUUUUUUCCCCCUCCCUCCCUAAUAUGUGGAUGUACCCCAUUUUUGGAUUUUAACUGUGAAGCAGCUGGAUGGAAGAAUUUAGAGAUUACGCGUCAGAAGAAAGACUAAGAGUAUGUCCCAAGUUCUCCAAGUUACUUUAGAACAAAAGUGUAACUACAUGCCGUACGGCAUGGCCCAAAAUAAGGAAGUUAUAUUCAGAAGGCAGCAACAGAAAAACUCCGGAUCCGAACAACCGACCUCCAACAGGUUAUGGAGUAACUCUGUAUCUGAAGACGCAUGGAGGUGAUCAACUUCCUGGAUGUACUCCGUGCAACGCGUCAUACUGGACACGGUGAUGUGGAUCCUACGGUGGCUAGGUGUAUUGUUACCGUUUAUUCGGAAUACUGAGGCGUGGAUUUACUGUAUCUGUAUGUGCGACGUCCAAGAAGUCCUCCAAGGAUGUUAUAGGAGACAGGAUAAGUCUUAAAAAAAAAAAAAGUUGUGUGCUUUUCCGACCGAGACAAUUGUCAGGAAACAUACCUAAUGGGAUCGCUGGACUGUGGAAUUAUCCGAUGCCAAGGUUCGAUAAGGAUUUAUUAUUCUGAUUCUUCCACAAGUUAAGUAAAGGGAUGUAAUCCACUGGGAUUUUUUUUUUUUUAUUGAUCCAUUAGGCGUUUUUUUUUGUCCUCAAAUUAAAUGCUCAAUUUUUGGGACAUCAUUCUUCCUUAUACUACCUUUGCCACCAAGACUGAUCCAUUUGGAUAUAUUUGCCAUCCUGCCUUCAAACAUACUAGCUAGUUGACCUGGAUAUGCAGAUUAAGUUCAUCAUCAUUUUUUUUUUUUUUUUUACCAUGUUAUCCAGUUAUUGUUAUUUUUUUCCCCCCACUCCAUUUCCUCAAAUGUGUCAAGGAGCAUAUUUCUGAAAUUGUUUUGCUUUUCCUUUUUGUGUCCUCAUCCUAUGGAGAGAUUUUAGUUACUAAAUACCAAACUGGAAUAUACAAGAAUCCUGACCUGGUCCUUGAAGAUAACUCAAAGUACAAUUCAGGACAUACAGUGUUUUUUUUCCCCCCUUAAUUGGAGCAAUUGAUGUUUUUUUUGUUUUUGUUUUUCUCCUUCAAUUUUUCAUUGGGGCAUUCACAUUCUGGCCACCUAGAUUUUAUUUGGAUAAAUUUUGGUAACUUCUUGCCUAAAAGUAGCUCAGAAAGCCGUGAACGUGCAUACGAUCACAGCCCAUAUGGCCACCACGAGCGCAGUGGGACUUUUGACAGACCACGUCACUACAACGCCGAAUAUUACCGCGAUCGCUCCGUCUUUGCCACCGCCGGCCCCGGCAGCAGUGCCAUCGGAGGGAGCUUUGAGGCAGCAGACCCACAUUUUGACUCUAGAAUACGAGACCCGUUUACUCUUACCAAUUCGACACGGCGCGACCUCUACAGAGACGAUAGAGGGCGGCGGGUCGAUCGGGCUUAUCACCACCACCGUCGAAGCAGGUCGUCUCAUUCCUCCCAGUCGAGGCACCCGUCUCCCCAACGGACAGCAGGGCAGACCUCAAAAACGCCCCAUUCUCCUAAAAGAACGCCUUUGUCCCCUGGAAGAGGCCCCAGAUCGAGAUCUCACAGCAGAUCUUCGAGCUCGGACUCAGUGAGCAGCACCAGCAGCACAGGCAGCGGCAGCGAUUCAAACAGCAGCUCCAGCGAUGGUUCCCGGGCGCGCUCCGUUCAGUCAUCGGCGACGCAUGCGACCCAGCCAUGCAUGGUGAUGGAUUCUGAAGAGCCACGGAGGAGCUUUGGAAUAAAAGUGCAAAACUUACCAGUUCGCUCCACAGAUACAAGUCUAAAAGAUGGACUCUUCCACGAAUUCAAGAAAUACGGGAAAGUGAAUUCGGUGCAGAUCCACGGCGCAUCAGAGGACCGCUAUGGCUUAGUGUUCUUCAGGCAGCAGGAGGAUCAGGAGAAAGCCCUCAGUGUCUCCAAGGGGAAGCUGUUCUUUGGGAUGCUUAUCGAGGUUACUGCCUGGAAUGGUCCUGAAACUGAGAAUGAAAACGACUACAGGCCUUUAGACGGACGCCUAGACGAGUUCCACCCCAAGGCUACGAGGACGCUGUUCAUAGGCAAUCUGGAAAAGACCACCAGCUAUCAGCAACUUCUUGACAUUUUUCAGCGCUUUGGAGAAAUUGUUGAUAUUGACAUCAAGAAAGCAAAUGGGAUUCCUCAGUAUGCCUUUGUCCAGUAUUCUGACAUUAGCAGCGUUUGCAAAGCCAUAAAGAAAAUGGAUGCAGAAUAUCUGGGCAACAACAGACUUAAGCUCGGGUUUGGAAAGAGUAUACCAACCACAUGCGUUUGGCUGGAUGGUCUGGCCCCCAACAUCACAGAGCAGUAUCUCACACGGCAUUUCAUGCGCUAUGGGCAUGUAGUUAAAGUUGUAUUUGAUCGACUAAAAGGAAUGGCCCUCAUCUUGUACAAUAACACGGAUUUUGCUCAGGCAGCUGUGAGGGAGACCAAAGGCUGGAAGAUUGGCGGUAAUAAAAUUAAGGUUGAUUUUGCGAGUCAGGAAAGCCAGAAUGCAUUUUACCGCUCAAUGCAGGCCUCCGGUCAAGACAUCAGAGACUUCUAUGAAGUUCCAACAGAACGGCGGGAGGACCGCAGACCUCCUUAUCACGAGUUUACAGCAGAGAGGGCUUACUACGAGAACAUAAGAACCACGGGCCUUUAUCCAGAAGAUGCUCGCAGGGAGUACGCUGCACGCAGCAGAGAGCGCUUUCCCGAGCUGGAACAUUAUCAGGGGGAACACUUUGAUCCGCGUUAUCACGAAGAUCCACGGGACUACAGGGACUACAGAGACCCGUUCGAGCAAGACAUCAGGAAAUACACCUACAUUCAGAGAGAGCGAGAACGAGAGCGGGAGCGAUUCGAGGCUGACCGCAGCAGGUGGAGCCCGUCUCAUCCGCGGCGAGCCAUCACUCCCACGAUAUCCCCGUCUUCGUCCGAGCGUGCCACCAGAGACUCGGAGCGACGCGUUUACAGCCAGUCCUCCGAGAGGAGCGGCAGCGUGAGCUCCACGUCGCCCCUGCAUUUCGACAAGUCCGAAAAGACCCUGCUCGACCACGCCGCGAAGAGCGAGAAGAGCGCGCAGCCCGAUCGCCCGGCAGGGGCCGAGAAAACCAAGCGUCCGAGGCGGAAAGAUAAAACCGACAAAGAAAAGGCCGAAAAGAGUAAAUCGAGGAAAGCAAAGGCUCAGUCGCCGGCCAGCCAAGUCCCAGAAACGGAGCCGGACGCCGGUUUUGACGGAGGGUCUGGACGAGGGAGGGGAUCCGACCAAGACGUUCAGGAGAAACAGAAAUGUAAGGUGGAAGGAGACGGUCUGCCUGGAGGCCAGUUAUCAGCCGCUCUGCAGGACUCUGCUAAAGGCGAAACAAACAAAGGGGAUGUCGCAGAGCCGGACGGAAAACCCAAAAUCAAAAAACACCCCAAGUCUGUCAUUGGGAGCGACGGGAAAGAGUCAUCGGUGGAUUCGGACCGCCUCGCUGCGAGAAAGAGGCGCUUCGGGGAUCUAGGUGGCAAGACUGUUCGUCAGAAAAGGAGCCGACACGAGGAGGAGGACGGCAGUGUGACGUCGGAGUUUGGGCCGAGUAGCGCUUGUGCGAAAGAGCCGGACGCAGAGAAGCACAAAGAUCCUCAGCGACGAGAUGCACGACUCAAAGCAGAAAAAAGUGCCGCUCAAAAGGACGGACUAGAGGAUCUCAGAGGACAAAGGGAGAAAUCCGAAGGGUCUGCAGACCCGGCGGAGUCAAAACGGCAGCAAGGAGGCGCCUCGUCCAGAAGGGUCUCGCUGGAGGGGAAUCCAGAGCAGAGCGUCGCUAGAGAGCAAGAGCAAAAUGCUGCGUUCAAACCCAGCCAGAAUGCGGAAACUAAUAAAAGCGGCAAAGGUAAGGAGGACCACGUUGACAUCGACCUCUCUCAGAGCUACCGCAAGCAGAUGGAGCAGAACAGACGUCUGCACCUGCAGCAGCAACAGCAGCGGGAGUCCGACAAACUCAAACGGGCAGAAAGUCUCCAAAGGAGCGAAGCGGAGGACCUGGAACAUCGGAGUCUCGUGCACGAAGUGGGCAAACCCCCCGAGGACGUCACGGAUAAUUUCCCCUCCCACAAGCUCUCCGACCAGUUCGAAGUGGAGCCCGGGAUAAAGAGAGAGCGCGUCUACAGGAGGCAGAAAAGCGAAGAUCCCGACUGGAGCGGCACGCCCUCACCGGGGCACCAGGUCUUCCCUCAGCACGCCGACGAGGACUUCAUCGACGCCUCCCUGAAGGAGCUGAGUCGCAACAAUCAGAAGAUCCACCCAGAGCUCGAGCUUUUGGUGAAAAAGACUCACAACACGCAGGCGAACAAAACCAACACGCCUGUAAACAUUGUGGAGGAUGAUCAGCAGAGGAGGUGGGAGAGCAGAGUUAAACAAGACUUACUGCCCAACCUGAACUUUCCCAGAGGCUUAAGUAAAAACCUUCACAGCCGCAAGCCUUCGGAUUUGGGCCUUUGGCACGACUUGGAGCCCGGGGAGGUGAGGUCGGACUCCGAGGAGGACAGAGAGAACAAACCUCUCUCCCCUGCUCCCUCCACGUCCGUGCCUUUUUCCGAGAGGCCGAGGCUCGAUAGGUUCUCAGACCCCAAGCUGGCGCACCUCGAAAGAAACAAGUUCUACUCCUUCGCUCUGGACCAGACCAUCACGCCGGACACGAAGGCUCUCCUCGAGCGGGCCAAGUCUCUCUCGUCGUCUCGCGAGGACAACUGGUCCUUCUUGGAUUACGAUUCCCACUUUGUGAACUUCCGGAGCCAGAAAGACACGGAGAAAGUGGAGUCGGCGCCGCGGCCCACUCCCUCCUGGUACAUGAAGAAGAAGAAGAUACGGAGCGGGUCCGAGGACAAGCUGGAUGACAGGAAGGAGGAGCCCAAGCCGGAGGAACACGAACGCCGGGAGCUGUUCGCCUCGCGGUUCCUUCACAGCGCCGUGUUCGAGCUGGACUCCAGGCGGCUCCAGCACCUGGAGCGCAAAUACGAAGAGCUGGAGCACAUGCUGAACCAGCAGGCCGGUCAGCAGGGGGCCGAGGGGGAACCCGAGACCGGCCCGGUCGUCCUCUUUCACAGUCGCUUCCUGGAGCUCACGCAGCUGCAGCAGCAAAAAAACAAGAGCCAGCAGCUGCAGGAGGACAAAGCGAGCGCGGCGUGCACGGACGAAAUUAAAGAGGAAAAACCGUCCGAUCCGGAACAACCGGCUCCACGGUCAAACGACAAGCCAGAAUGUGGCAUGGAGGCAGAAAUCAAACCCGUCAGUCCCGUCGAACAGGUUGUUCCUGAGCCAAGACUCCCUCCUAAUCCUGUUACUCCGUCUGUGAUCAAAGACACGCCUCCUAUAGAUCAAAAAUGCACGUUGCCAAAUCCGCCCGCCGACGUAAGCCCGCCUGUGUCUUUUACAAAAGAGGAGAUAAAGGAGGAGGUAAAAGAAAGUGAAGCCGUCUCACCGACGCCUCACCCACCAACCGAGGCCCUAAAACCUGAACCGGCGCCUGAAGCGGUUCCUGAAACGAAGCUUUCUGGGGAGAAGCUGGAGUUUCUUGCUGAGGAGGCAAAACCUCAGGUUGCAGAACAAACACACGGCCCGGUUCCUCACGAAGAGUCGGCCAGCGGUCCAGAGCCAGAGCUGGAACCAGAGGCGUCGCAACCAGAAGUGCCUGCUGCAGCCAGCGGUCAGAUUCAGGCCCGCCUCGCCGAGGAGGCGGACGUGGCCAAGGAAGAGCCUCUCUCCACGUGUCAGACCGCCGAAGAGUCAGAAGGAGAGAAGAAAGUUGAAGUUGGCAAAGAGCAACCAUCUGUUGCUGGCGACGCCGUUGACGAGCAGAUCUCCUUCCAGAAAGAAAACAAGACGAAAGAGACGAAGGCUAAAAAAGGCCGGCAGUCUCCCGCUCAGGUCCCUCUAACGCCCAUCUCCGUUUCCGAGAAGCAAGCCACGCGCAAGAGCGAGCGCAUCGACAAAGACAAGCUGAAGCGCGGCUCGUCCCCAAGAGCCGAAACCAAGUCCACCGCCAAGUCGCCCACUCCCGGGUCCGAGCUCGAUCAUCUGGAGCAGAGCCUGCCGAUCAGUAGGGCGCGGACGCGAAGGAACGUGAAGUCCGUUUACGCCACGCCGGUCGACGACGACGCGCCGGGCCGCGGGAAGGACGUCACCGAGUCGCCGCGGUCCGGCAGAAAGCGGGCCACGGAGAAAGAAGCCGCGGCGCACGGCACCGAGCCGGACGCGCCUGCUCCGGCGCCGGCGAAGCAGCGCGGCCGUCCUCCGAAGAACCGCAAGCAGCCCGAAGAGAUCUCCGCCGCAAAAGCGGAGAAGAUGAAAACGGACAACAAGGACGCGGACUCGAAUGACUCGGAGAGCGGCGAACGCAUUUCAAGAGUCGCUAAAGGGAAAACAUCCCCUCAUCUCAUGAAGGGUUCCUCGAAUCCAGUACCCUCAGCUCCAGGCGGCAAGAAAGGAGACAAAGCUGAAGCCGGUGAUGAGAGUCAGAGGAAGGCGACGGACGCAGACGGUUUGUCCUCACAGCAUUCCUCAGAUUCAGGCAAAGAUUCCUCAGCGAAAUCUGAUGCAAAGAAAGGUGAAAAGGAGAAACUAGGCGCCGAACCGAGCACAGACAAGGACGACAAGACGUGCGAGGGGAAAUCGAACGGGAGAGAGGCCGACGCUCCGGUCGCUGAGGAGAAACUUCUCCCAGAGAAAGACAAGACCCCGAGAGGAAAGAUCAGGUCGUCACCGGUCCUCAAAGACCUGCAGAUCAGAAUAAACAUCGCCGAGGUCAAAGAGCUCCUGCAACUAGGCGACGAGGAGUUCGGCAAUCAGGAGGACUCGUCGAAGGAGGCCAGAGCCGGUGAGCCAGAGGAGCUCAACGAGUGCCCCGACGAGGAGAAGCAGGACGCAGAACCCGCAAAGAGCUCCUUCUCACAGGAGCGGGAGUUGGAGCAGGCGGUGGAGAACAUCGCCAAACUCACCGAGCCGGCGUUCCCGACGGAGCCGUCGACCCCGCCCGUCCCUCCCGCCGAGGUAAAGGGGCAUCCAGAGGAGGAGAAGCCUUGUAACCCCGCCAGCGAGACGGAGCUGAUGGCCGCUAUAGACUCGAUAAAGACCGAGGAUCCGGGCGAGGCGCUCCCCGCGGCGGCUCCGCUCUGCCCACAGCCUGAGAUCCACGAGUUCGUCCAGCCGGGCAAGGCGGAAGAACCCGAAACCGCGACGCAGGAGGAGCCGGUGCUCUCUAAUACACCCAAAAAGGGCAACAAGGGAAGACCCAGAACACCGAAACGAUCCAAAGCCCCAAAGCACGCCAGAAAGGACGUAAAAGAAGACCCGCCGUUAAGCGAGGAGCUGCCGGCGCCCUUAGCUGAGAGCGCAGCUUCUGACGUGAAGACGACGUGUGAGAAGCCGCCGUCCGCCGCGGCUGCUGCCGUCAUCACUCCCACGACCUGGAAACCCGAGGCUGAACCUCCGGCGGUCAAAGCGGCAGCGCAAAUGGAGUCGGCGUCGUCUGUGGAGGAGCAAACGGCGGCCGUGAAACCCGCACCCCCCCAGGCUAAGAGCCCCGUCUACCCGAAGCCCCAGCAGCUGCCGGCUGACUGCGCCUCUCCGUCUCCGGCGUCGAACCGGCAAAACCUGCGGGCCGUUCAGACGAGUAGAGCGCCGGCUUCUCCGCCCGACUGGCGGCACCCGCCGAAGGAUGCGUGCGUUCCCUCGGCUCAUAUAGUGUCAGCGGCAGCCAAGGAAGGCCAGCCGGCCGCCGCCGCCGCCGCGGACUCCAACAGCAAAGAGCUCGACCACGGCACGAGUGACCUGAGGCAGAUCCUCAUGAAACCUAAAAGCAUUUCAAAUCCAGGAGGCAGCUCGGCUCCCUCCAGUCUGCCGGGCCUCCGAGAGCAGAAUCCCUCUGAGAGCAAUCCCGCCAUCACGGCUGCGAUCCAGAGUAGCUCCCCGCUCACCGCCGACGGUAAGACGCACCCGCCGGCUCCCGUCGUCCGGACGCCCCCCGCCGAGGCCAAAUCUGUGAUCUCCGUCAUCGCGUCCACGGCCACGUCUGUCAUCAGUCGCGUGUGCAACCCGCCCGAGUCCGAGGAGAAGGCGAUGCUGAACAGCGGGAACCCCCCCAUGGACGUGGCUGUGCAGAAGACGGCCUACAGGCCCUGCAAAGACGACGGCGGGCCCGCCUUCAGCGCCGGCUCUUGCUCGGGUCUCAGGGUGAACACGUCUGAGGGCGUGGUGGUGCUGAGCCACUCGGGCCAGAAAACAGAGGGACCCCUGAGGAUCAGCGCCAAGAUUAGCCAGAUCCCUCAAGCGACUGCGGGCGACAUCGAGUCCCAGCAGCUGGUGUCGAUCCCCCAGAUUAAGCAAGACGUGUACGGCCACGCUCAGUCGGGACACCAGAAGGGGGCUUCGCAGGCCGACCACGGCCAUCCGGGGAAACCCCUGUCCUCCAUCAAGCAGGAGAGCAGCGGUUUGGAGAAGAUGGAUCCAGGCUACCAGUCCCAGGGGGUUGUGAAGCGUCUCCCGCAGGGCAACCAGCAGGGGAUGGCUUAUCACCAGGACUACCUGUCGUUAAAACACCAGAAGAAGAUGGAGAGCGUUGAUCCUCACGGCAACGACGGCGCCAAGCCGCCCUGGACGUCGGCCAUAAGCCCGGCCAUCAGCCCACACCUGCCCUCGCCCCCCGGCAACCACGUGGCGUUCGUCACGGCGGCCGGCGAGAGAGCGCCGUCGCAUCUCGGCGGCAUCAAACAAGAGCCGCGGUCGCCGCGUAAGUCGGGCCACCCGCACCCGACGUUCUCCAAGGUGUCGUCGCCCCUCGGCUCCUCGUCGCCAAAGGGGAUCCCCGUGAUGCUGUCGUCCGCGCUCAACCCCAUGCAGCAGUACAUCUCCGGCGUGCACCACCCGGAGCAGUCCGUCAUCAUGCCGCCUCACAACGUGCCGGGCGGCCUGGGCCGCAUGUCCCCUCACUGCGUCUCCCAGUCCAUCCCGGUGGGACAUCUCGUCCAGGGGGACGUCCGGGUGAACACGCCGCCGCUGUCCGUGAUGAACUACGUGCACGGCGAGCAGCUGGCCUCCCCCUGGUCCGGCUCCAUGCAGCAGCGUUCCUCCUCCCCGCAGGCGGUCGGCAGGGACAAGGUCCUCAAAGUCAACCACGGGUCGAUGCGGACUCACGAGGGCGAGCAGGACGAGUCCAGACACUUCCACCAAGCGGCGAGGCCCUCCGCCGCCCUGCCGUCGGAGACGCGGGGACCUUUGAGGACGAACGUGCCGUUGGAGACCCUCAUGGCUCAGAGGGAGAUGCACGUGCACCUGCACCAGCACGGGGAAACCCUGCCGCCCGCUUUGUCUCCGAGACCUCACAUUCUGGCCAAAAGCGUCUCCGAGAAGGACAUGAAGUCGCUGGACGCGAAGCGGCCGCACUCUCCUCUCCCGAAGGACGGCAUGAUGGGGAUCCGACAGUCCGGCGCCGCGAUCGCGUCCCCCCAGAGGGUCUCCCUGAUGCAGCCCGGCGGCUCCUUCUCCGAGUACUCUUCCAUGUACCCCAACCGCAUGCACGCUCAGAUCCCCGACACCUCCGUGGGGCACGGCCAGCCGCCGCUGAACGUCACGCCCAGCAUGGGUGCAAAUCUCCAGCCUAAACCGGACGGCAAGAUGACCCAGCCUGCCAACAUGGUGCAGCUGCUCACGAAGUACCCCAUCGUGUGGCAAGGCCUCCUGGCGCUGAAGAACGACACCGCCGCCGUCCAGCUGCAUUUUGUCUGCGGCAACCAAGCCCUGACUCAUCGAUCGCUGCCGGUGCAAGAAGGAGGCGCUCUGCUGAGGAUCGUCCAGAGGAUGAGGCUGGAGGCCUCUCAGUUGGAGAGCGUAGCCAGAAGAAUGACGGGCGACAGUGAUUACUGUCUUCUGCUUGCUCUGCCAUGCGGACGAGAUCAAGAAGAUGUCAUAAACCAAACCCAAGCUCUUAAAUCUGCCUUCAUCAACUACUUGCAGGCCAAACUAGCAGCUGGUAUCAUCAAUAUCCCCAAUCCGGGUUCCAAUCAGCCCGCCUAUGUGCUCCAGAUUUUCCCGCCCUGUGAGUUUUCCGAGAGCCACUUGUCACAGCUUGCCCCCGACCUUCUGAACAGGAUCUCCAGCAUCUCGCCACACCUCAUGAUUGUCAUCACCUCUGUGUAAGCGCUGCCGUUGCUGCUGGGACCCCCCCCCCCCCCCCCCCCCCCCGCUGGGACGCUCUGGCCCACCAGCCUCAGGAGACCAGAGGAUCUUCAACCAAGUUUUUGUUCCUGGAUACAGUUUAGGGAGAAGGGGAGAGGGUUGGGUUGGAUGUACCUUUAUAAACAUUUUCUUUUUUUUUUUUUUUUAACAUCAGAUUUUUCUUUUGUCACUCCUGUCUGGUAUAUUUGUCCUUCUCAAAAAAACAAACAAAUGAAAAAAAAAACAACAAAAAAAAAAACUCAGGGAUGGAUCAAACCAGAACGAGUCUUACUUGACCAUUUUUUUUUUCUGCUGUAUUUAUAUUUAUUGAAGUUUUAUUCUAAUGUUUUGGAGAUGCACCGAAGAAGAAGAAGAAGAAGAAGAAAAAAAAAAACCCGAUGGUAAAAUAAGAACAGGUGAUUAUCUGGCUGCCGUCUUUUGUUGGUGUUGUUUUGGCUCUUUUCUUCACAGGCGGAUCGUUAAAAGCUGUUGAACCUAGCGGCGGCUGGCAGGACAUUUCAUGGUGUGAUUACUAUUAUUUUUUUAAAAAUAAAUCAUGUACAGACUUCCUCGCUCGGCCUUUUAUCAGAGGAAGUAUGGACUUGUAAAUCUACGGAGACCCUGAUGAGGACCACCUUCAUUUAACAGCGACUUCUCACCCACCAUCUCUGCUCAUUGUUCUCACUACUGAGGCGGUCACACUUUUUUUUUUGGCACGGGGCCCUCACCUUGAACACGCUUCAUUAGGAGUUUUCUUUUCAGUACAGAACAUUGUAAAUAUUUUAAAUAUUUAAACGUCAGUGGACAAAAUGACGACUUAACAGAGACUUUACCCUUCCGGGACAUACGAGAACGCAGAGUGUGGAAACUUAGAUGGAUCUUUACUUUUUUUUUUUUUUUUUUUUUUGUUCUGAUGUAAAUACUUGUAACACAAAGAAAAUUGGCAAACUCUUGUGUGGAGUCUGCUGAUGGCACUUCAUAUUUUGUAACUCAAAUAAAAACAACCUCCAGAAAACAUGAUUUUAAGAUUAA